AUGGGAAUUGUUUUUUUCAAUUCUCUGUCUGUGGCAAUAAUUGGAAAUGAAUCGCUCGCAGAAGAGUUGAGAGUGCAGACUUGUAUAGAGAUGGUGACCAACAAAGAUGUAUAUAUAAAGAAACACAAGAAUUAUACCGGAAUUAGAUUUGUGUCCCCUGACUACGUUGAUGCAGCACGUGACUGUGCUGUGGAUGGCAGAUAUUCGUCGGCAUGGAUAAUCGACGCUGCAGAGAGAUUGGACAUGAAUAAGACGUAUAAUUUACCAGCCACCAGCAAGCCACUCAACCAGUCAACAGUAUCCCUGAAUUAUUCACCAAUCAUAGGUUCACCAGCAAGCCGGUCACUAAAUCAUUCACCAAGUUCGAGUUCAUCUGCCAACCAGUCUCCUACUUAUUCACCAACCAGCCAGUUACUAAAUCAUUCAUCAAGUUCACGUUCGUCUACCAACCAGUCAUGCACUUAUUCACCAAUAGCAAGUUCAUCAACCAGCCAGUCAUUGGACCGCUCAUUCAUGUCAAGUUCAUCGACCAGCCAGCCAGAUACAUUCAACAUAUCUCCAAGUUUGUCAGUCAGCCAGUCAUCAAGUUCAUCAAGUAAUUUGUCACCAGAGCGUGUACGUGUUCCAGGCGCCACCAGGAUCAACCAAGAGAAAUUUGUGAGCCCAGAAUGUGCGAUUAAUGCAAACCGAACAAAUAUGUGGUAA